AUGCUAUCUCCAAUAUCCUCUAUGCUCGUCCCAACUUUCUUCCUCUUCAUCGCCACCUUGGUUUCUUGUACACCAACAAGCGCUAUAAAGCCAGUUGUAACCACAGUUUACCAAUUCCCCAGUGGCGCAUACCUCGAGAAUCUCGCCGUUGGCCAUGAGAGCAUUUUAGUCACCCGUGCAGACACACCUUCACUAUAUCAAAUCAAGCUCCCAGCCAGGCCUCAUGCUAGUGCCUACGCCAGCCUGAUCCAUCAUUUUCCCAACGCAACCGGGCUGAUGGGAAUUGCAGAAUACGCCCCAAACACAUUCGCUGUAAUUGUCGGCAACUUCUCCAUGACAAAGCUAGUUCCCGGUACCUGGUCCGUUUGGAGUGUCCAAAUUUUCGAUAAAAACCAACAUUCUACAAUCGAGAAAAUCGUCGACUUGGUAGAAGGCCAGUUUCUCAAUGGAAUGGCAAUUUUGAAUAAAACGGGUGCAAUUUUGAUUGCCGACAGCUUGGCAGGCUGUGUAUACCAUCUCAAUGUCAAGACGGGCGCCUACGAAGUUGUUCUUGAGCAUGAAUCAAUGAAAGCCACCGGGGCGAUUGGACUCAACGGGAUCCGCACAGUCACUACUGCGACCGAAAGCUUCCUUUAUUAUGACAACAGCAAGACAACAACCGUGAAUCGGGUUGCUAUUGAUCCUGUUUCCGGACGCGCGAAGGGAAAAUAUAUCACAUUGGCUCAUGGGUUCUAUGCCGAUGACCUGGCCUAUGAUUAUGAGACAGGUGAUGUCUGGGUUGCGGGUAACGCCGAUAACACGAUUUUCCGGAUCAAUUACGACGGAGACGAGAUUGUUGUGGCGAAUGCGUCUAGUACUCCAUCUGUGAUGACCCCAUCGAGCCUUGCGUUUGGAAAGGGAAGGCAUAGUCGCACGCUGUUCAGUACAACUUAUGCUGGGGUGGCGCCGAAUGGGACAGUCACCGGCGGGAACUUGCUGGCGAUUGAUGUUGGACUAGAAAAACGCUGA